AUGAAGAACUCUAGUCCUUCUCUCUGGCAAUCGAUCCUGGCCGGAGAGGCUGCUGGGGGCUUUGAGAGUCCUUUGACACUAAGUCCACGGUUAAACACCGGCGCACGCGGCAUUCUGCGUCUCCAACGCAAGCAAAUCCGGAGUCCAGUUCUUCGCAUUCGAGACAGCACGCCAAUUGAUGCCCACGGACACUUCCGCAAGGUCCACCGCACGGGGAAUAUGGGGGCUGGAAUAAUCGCGGGUGCAGCAGAGAGUAUUCUUGUCGUCACUCCCGGCGAGACGCUAAAGACCAAGAUCAUCGACAACGAAGCCGGAGCAAAGCGAUAUACGUCGGCUCGCGCGCUAUCCGGUCGGCGGUUGCCACCGAGGGAGUCGCCGGCCAUGUCCGGGUCAGACUCGAACAACUCCGUCAUCGGAGCUACUGUUGUUGCCGGAGCACUCGCUGGAGUAGUCACCGUAUACGCGACGAUGCCGUUCGACACGCUCAAAACAAGGCUGCAAGCUUUAGAUGCUCGGCAGCGCUAUAACGAGACUCUAGAUUGCUUGAAAACCAUUCGUUUCCUCUGA